AUGACAGCAGUAUGUGGAUUGUCGCCAAUGAUAUCUGCAUUAUCAGUAAAUCCAAGCAAAGCAACAUCUCCUAUUUAUUUGGUGCCUAGAUUUCCUGAUGAUCAUAAGCAAACAAAUAAUAUUGUACGAAGAGAUUGGAGAAAACCUAUAGAAAUUCCUAGACAAAUGUGGGUGUUACAUGUUGGAAAUGCCUUUGAAGAAAAAGAUGAGAAUGGAAAUAUAAAUAUACAAAUUCAGGCUUCUGGUUGCUCUUAUCAAUGGUUCAAUUUCCAGAAAAUGUUUGGCUAUGAUUGGCAAAGUGGCAAACUUGAUCCUUCAAUGAUGAAUGUAGAAGGAGGAGAAGAAAAGCUAUUGCCCCACUUAGUUCAGGUAUCCAUAAGCUUGGAUACAUAUGGGAAUUGCACGAAAAGUUCAGUAAAUGACCUAAACCCUCAGUGGGAUAAAGCUGCAGAUUUCCCUGCCAUGAAUCCAGACUAUUCUGGCAAGAAAAAUGAAUAUGUUUAUGCAGCAACUUCUUCUGGUUCUCGCCAAGCACUGCCACAUUUUCCCUUUGACACAGUUGUGAAACUAAACACUGCUGAUAAAUCAGUCCAUAAAUGGUCAGCUGGUAGAAGGAGAUUCAUUGGCGAGCCUAUUUUUAUCCCAAGGGGAACUACAGAAGAUGAUGGAUACCUUCUUGUCGUUGAAUAUGCAGUGUCAACACAAAGGUGCUAUCUUGUAAUUUUGGAUGCACAAAGAAUUGGAGAGAAGAAUGAUGUGGUUGCAAGACUUGAAGUCCCAAGACAUUUGAAUUUCCCACUUGGUUUUCAUGGCUUUUGGGCUCCUAGCAACACUAGCAAUGGGAAUUUACCAAAUUUUGAAUCCAAGUGCAAGGAUUCAUGGUCAAUGCUAGAGGAAAACAUGGUUUAUCUUGGGAACUCAAAAAACUCAAGGUAGCUGCAGCUUCAAAGAGGAACUUCUCUUCUUUUAUUUUUUUCACAGUUUCACUAAACAAUGUUUUCAUGUAUACUGUAUACAUGUCCAUUUUUACCAAAAAGAAAAAAAUGCACGCAUGUCCAUUAGUAUAUAGCUUUAUUCAAAAGUGUUAUUUGUAAAAUAGUUCAUUCGUAUACCAGAAUCAAUAAGAUCAGUUCCAACA